CCACCACCGGCAGCGACCCCAGCCUGUCCCCGGAUUCCCAGGACCCCUGCCAGGACGACGCCAAGGACUCCGAAAGCGCCAACGUGUCCGACAAAGAGGUGGGCAGCAACGAGAAUGACGACCAAAACCUGGGGGCCAAACGGCGGGGGCCCCGCACCACCAUCAAGGCCAAGCAACUGGAGACCCUCAAGGCCGCCUUCGCCGCCACGCCCAAGCCCACCCGGCACAUCCGUGAGCAGCUGGCCCAGGAGACGGGCCUCAACAUGCGGGUCAUCCAG